UCAGGCUUCAUGGCGAAGCUAAGUUACUUCAUGCAGUUUCUAUAAAUACUGUAGACUCACUCAGAACACGCUCUAUUUCAAUGUCCUCUUUGACCUAUAUUCAUCCUUCUAUCUCAUUUAUUUGUUGAUCUUGCGGGCUGGCCACUCGACCCACAAGUAAUACCUUCCUACAGGAUAACCAUCUCCUCGUAUACAGCAUACCAUGGUGGCAGCAAAGGAAACCGCAGUCCUGCGCCGAAACGUCCAUCCGGACGGCCGACCUCUCACUAAACAUGACCGUGAGAAUCUCCUCAAACCAUACCUUCCUCCAGCCGCACCACAAUCCAUCUCUCACGCUCCGAUUUCCUCGACGCGCCCAAAACGGUCCAAGCCAAUGCGCUCAUUCCUGAAGACGCAGCUCCACUUUCUCACAUUCACCCUCGUCCACUUCAUAUUCUCACUCUAUAUCCGCUUCCGCAAGGCCUACCACUCCGUCCUCGACCGCGUAUGCGCUAUCUUAUACUACCACCAUCGCACCCCCGAAUACAUCCAUAAAGACGUAAAGCAACUAUCUCGCCUCCCGGCACACCUGUCUGUAGUCCUUGAACUGGAUGAUGACGAACACUCAGGGGCUGGCCUGUCUAGCUUAGUGUCGGACCUCGCAGAGCUCGCAGCCUGGACUGCGUGCGCUGGCAUUCCGUUGCUUAGCGUCUACGAGCCGAGCGGUGUCCUGAAGAACUACAUUCCGCAAACGCAUCGGAGUAUCAGCGAGACAUUGGCGUCGUAUUACGGACCCUCGCACCCAGGCAAACCUACACUUUCCAUACGUGCUCCGCACUUGCCUUCUUUCUCGCCUCCGACAACUCCCCCUGGCACCGCGGAAUCCGGCGCCGAAGGAUCCAGUCCGCCGCAUUUGACGAUUCUGCUACUCAGUGCGGAAGACGGCCGCAGUACACUUGUUGAUCUGACAAAGACACUGGCUGAGAUGGCUCAGCGGCAGAAGUUGAGCCCGGCGGAUGUUAGUGCAGAGCUGAUCGAUGCCGAAAUUUCGGAGAGUGUAAUGGGCGAGCCGGACUUGCUGGUAUUGUUUGGACCACGAGUAAUUUUGAAGGGUUAUCCGCCGUGGCAGAUGCGGUUGACGGAGAUAUUCCACGUUCCGGAUAAUGAGGGAGUUAAUUACCAAGUCUUUAUCAGAGCGCUAUUCCGUUAUGCGAAGGCGCAGAUGAGGUUUGGUAGGUAAGUCGGUGUCUGGUUCUCCGUAUAGGGCUAGCGACGUACAGUCCUUCUAAACUAUAUAUCCCGGAUGGAGCAGGUCCGAAGUGUUUGAAGAGUAAUAUUGUAAUAAUUGAAAAGUGUGUGACAUGUAUGCACAUAUGUAGCCGCAUAAAUAACCAAGCACAUCACGACCCAAGACGCCGUCUAUAAUCCACAUGCAGCAAUGUCAAACAAUGUGCCGCCCAUCUGCCCAUUCAUGCACCAUUUUUCACGCCGUUAUGACCGUUCACCGCAACCUCCAAGGCCUGCCUCACAUCCGCCUCCAGAUCCACAGCAUCUUCAAUCCCACAGCUUACUCGUACAAGAUCAUCCCAUACACCUGCUGCCUCCCGAGCCUCACGGGGAAUGCCUCCGUGCGUCAUGCUGGCCGGCACUUCCACUAGACUCUCCACACCU